AUGUCCGUCUCGCCUCCUGCCGAGUCCAAUCCCUCCUUCUCCAUGUCUGCCUACAUGGUCCCCUCCACACAAAACUCCCACAGCUACGAGUCCGAUGAUGAGAUUGCCUCGCUUCCGUCAGAGUCAACUACCGAUUCUGAUCUAGAGACCCUCUCCGACGAUGAAUAUUCCGAUGCCGAGGAGGAAUGGCGGGAAAGCAUCGAACAGCUGGAGUUACUUCUGACAAUGGUCUUGGUUCCAUUUGUGGGGAAAUAUCUUGGUCGAAGAUGCGCUUACUGGAGCUGGACAAGAUUCAUGCAAUGGAAAUACCCGGUUGAGGUAGUCAUUAAGAAUCCUGGUAUUUUCAAGGGAGUUGGCGUUAUUGAGGCUGCCGCUACUUUAUGA